AUGGAAACGGAACCACAUCCAUUCGAGGCCACGAUUGCCGCCAUCCGUGCCCAAGUCCCAGCAGAUCUAGCGGCUCCAAAGAUCGGUAUCGUCUGCGGUUCUGGCUUAUCGACGCUCGCUAGUCACUUUAGAGACAAGGUCGAGGUGGCCUACGAUAGUCUACCAGGUUUCGUCAAGAGUACCGUCGCAGGUCACAAGAGUGCAUUCGCAUUCGGAAGGCUCGGGGAGGGCCAAGGUAUUCCCGUCGUCGCGAUGCUCGGCAGAUUCCAUCCAUACGAAGGAUAUCCCAUGGCCAAAGCUACCUAUCCAAUUCGCGUCAUGAAACGACUCGGUGUUCAAUCGCUUCUCAUCACAAACGCCACUGGAUCUCUCAAUCCAGCAAUCCCCGUCGGCACCAUAGUCAUCAUCCAAGAUCAUCUCUCCCUCCCAUCACUAACCGGGAUGAACCCUCUCCUCGGACCAAACUAUCCGCCCUACCCGCGUUUCCUCCCAAUGUCCAACGCCUACUCGCGACGACUACGAAAACUCGUCUUUCACGGGUUCUACAAGUUGCAAUCAAAACUCAACAUGUCAUCAGCCAAUGCAAACGGCAAGAUUGACGAGCAAGCGAUUCAAGAGGGCACAUAUGCCUACGUUUCGGGGCCAACGUAUGAGACACCCGCCGAGGGUCGAUUCUUGAGGGCUGCUGGAGCUGACGUAGUCGGUAUGAGCACUAUCCCAGAGGUCAUCGUCGCGCGGGAGGAAGACAUGGAGGUGUGCGUGCUUAGUCUCGUCACCAACUUUGUCGUUAUCCCUGCCGGCUAUCGUAGUAUCCGCGAAGAAGUUGAGGCAGAGCUCGCUGGUAAACCGCUCGAAGCCGUCCAGGAUGCCAUCGUCAGCCACGAAGAGGUCCUCGAGGUUGGGCGACGCAAGGCAGAGCUGAUGCGUGAACUCAUCGAAAUUGUUGUUCCAACAAUAUAA